GCGUUGUUCACUAUCUCUUAAGGGACUCCACUGGGAAUUCCCUCCUUGCUGUGGUGGGGGCAGAGAAGAGUGUAAAGCACAUGAUCUACUCGGUGACAGAGGACUUCUUACGUGUUUUUGGGUCCAGGAACGCAGUCCAUGCUGGAACUAGGUGGAAAGCAAGAAAAGAUGUUGUAGAAUGUCUGAUGUCAGUAACCUCAGGAGGCGGCCCAAUCUUUCCCAUUUCAAAUCAGCAAAUAAUUGAAAGAACACCACAUCUGAAACAUCUGAUGUCUUCUAUGAUUCGUUUCUCCAAGAGUGGGAGUCCUAUGGAUGAGGAGAUCCAAGGUUCCAGACAAACAGCAGCACAAAGUUCAGAUAUUUUGUGGUCAGGUGAAGCCUUGAUAUGUAGCAAGCAGCUGAAGCACUAUGUAGCCUUUUUUAGGAAUCAAACUAGCAUACCUGUAUAUUCAUUUGUGUGGAUCACGGAUGAAGAAGGAAAAUGCCAUGUUGGUUAUGUGGAAGAUUUGUAUGAGGAUCAGCAGGGGGAGAAAAUGGCUAGAGUUCGUCUUUUUCUCCAGCGUGAGGACAUUGAGGGUCAGAUUCCUAAGCUAUACCCCCAAUGUAGGGAAGUUUUCAUCACAUCAACUGAACAGGAGAUUCGUGCAAAAUGCAUUGAUGGUCUAGCUGCAGUUCUGACUCCCAGUGAUUUCGAGAAAUGUGGCGACAUUCUUCCUCAAAAUUUAUCAUUUAAAAGUUUUUUGUGCCAUAGAGAAUUCAAAGACGACAGCAUUAACGCCUUCAGUUUGAGCAAAUUACGUGGCUACUCUAUGCAACCCAUUCUCUACUCUCUGAAAUACCAUAUCCCGUCAAGCAACAACCUGCAGCAUUCAAGUGAACAAGCAGAAGGCUCUGGCCGUCCAGAUCCUGCAGCCCCAAGUUCCAAGAGAAGUAAAAAUCUCAGAUUGGGUGAACCUGUUCCCGGUGGGCUUGCUGGUCUCAAAACUUCAGUCCAGGACAAUCAAGUAGCACCAGGGGAACCAUCUGGUCAGAGACUGAAAAUCAAACUGCCCGGCAAGGGAAUUGCUGAGAAUCAGCUUGUUGUGGCUGAGCCACAGAAUCAAGUCUUUCCCAGAGUUGAUGAAAAUAUUGAGCUUCUUUCUCAAGACAGCGGUAUGAAGGGCUGCUGGUUUAGGUGCAAGAUUUUGUCUUCAUCACAAAAGCGUCUCAAGGUCCAAUACUACAAUAUCACUGAUGUUGAUGGACCUGAGAAACUAGAGGAAUGGGUACCGGCAACCAGAGUAGCAGCUCCAGAUAAACUGGGCAUGAGAUGUGCUGGCCGGCUUACAGUGAGGCCGUGGCCUCAUUGGGAUUCUUCUGAUGCCAGGUUUGAGGUAGGGGCAGCAGUUGAUGCAUGGUGGUGUGAUGGCUGGUGGGAAGGUGUUGUAAUUGGAUGCGACACAUCCACCAGAAGUAACCUUCAAGUGUACUUUCCUGGCGAGAACAAGUUCUUGACAAUAAAGAGGAAAGACAUUAGAGUGUCGAAAGACUGGAUAGACAAUAAAUGGGUGGACGUCAGGGUGAAGCCUGACAUCCUGUCUUUCCUGACUUCGUCACUCAACCCCAUGCCAAGGGUGCAACUCCCGAGCCUGCCUCAAGCUAACAGGUCAGGACUUGGAGAUAACAAUACUCCAAGUUCUUCCAAUGUUGGAGGAUCUGAAGCCGGCAAACAGCAGUUGCCUAGUUCUUCCACUGCAGCCAACAAGAAAGGUGUGGAAGAACUGCACCUAAAGGAGCUGCUGAAAAUAAAAGAAAACGAAGACUGGACUCGCAAGAGUUCCAGUGAUGCCGGUCCCUCGGGCAAACCAGCAGCCCGAGUAAAUUCAGGCAGCCAGCCUACAACUGAAAAGCAGUAGUAUGGCUCGACUGCCAUGUAAAUGAUGUAUUGUUUGGCAUUCUAAAGACUGCCAUCAUUAGUUAUAUAAUUUUUGGUCUUGUUAAAACCACAGUGAUAUACUACUGUACACCUCAGCCGCAUG